CGCGGGGCGGGCGCGGAGUCCGGAGCCGCCAGAAGCGGGCAGCGGCCGCGGAGCCCGCCGCGGGGGGCCAUGGCCCAGGCGGACCGUGCAGGUGGCCCUCCCCCGGGUGGUGGUGCCCCAUGGCACCUUCGGAAUGUCCUCAGCGAUUCCGUGGAGAGCUCAGAUGAUGAGUUCUUUGAUGCUAGAGAGGAGAUGGCUGAAGGAAAGAAUGCCAUUCUCAUUGGAAUGAGCCAGUGGAAUUCAAAUGACCUAGUGGAGCAGAUUGAGACCAUUGGCAAACUGGAGGAGCAUCAAGGAGAAGGAGCUGCACAGUGUACAUCCAGCAUCCUCCAGGAGAAGCAGCGAGAACUGUACCGGGUUUCACUGAGAAGACAGAAGUUCCCAGCCCAGGGAAGCAUAGAGAUCCAUGAAGAAAAUGAGGAAGGCUGUCCCCAGCGCUCUUGCAAGACACACGUGCUCCUGAUGGUGCUGCACGGGGGCAGUGUCCUGGACACGGGCUCGGGGGACCCCUCCUGCAAAGCGGCUGACAUCCACACCUUUGGCUCAGUGCUGGAGAAAGUCUUGCGAGCCCACUUCCCUGCCGCCCUGGGCCACAUCCUCAUCAAGUUCGUGCCCUGCCCUGCCAUCUGCUCAGAGGCUUUCUCUCUCAUCUCUAACCUAAACCCUUACAGUCAUGACGAGGGCUGUCUGAACAGCAGCCAGGACCACGUGCCCCUGGCCGCCCUGCCGCUGCUGGCAAUCUCCUCCCCGCAGUACCAGGAUGCCGUGGCCACUGUCAUUGAACGAGCAAACCAGGUCUACGCAGAGUUCCUCAAGUCCCCUGAUGGGAUUGGCUUCAGUGGGCAGGUGUGCCUCAUUGGAGACUGCGUGGGGGGCCUCCUGGCCUUUGAUGCCAUCUGCUACAGUGCUGGGGGGCCAGGGGAGAGCCCCUGCAGCAGCAGCCGGAAGGGGAGCAUCAGCAGCACCCAAGACAUGCAAAUUCUGGCGGAGGAGGACUGCAGCCUGGCUGGCACCAAGCGUCUCAGCAAAAGCAGCAUUGACGUCUCCAGCUCCAGCGUGUUGGAGGACGAAGAGCCCAAGAGGCCGUUACCACGGAAACAGAGCGCCUCUUCCACCUAUGACUGCGAUGCCAUCACCCAGCACCAUGCCUUCCUCUCGAGCAUCCACUCAAGUGUGCUGAAGGAUGAGGUGGAAUCCCCUGCUGCAGGUGGGCCCCAACUCCCAGAGGUCAGCCUGGGCCGCCUUGACUUUGAUGUGUCUGACUUCUUCCUCUUCGGCUCACCCCUGGGCCUGGUCCUGGCCAUGCGAAGGACGGUGCUACCUGGGCUAGAUGCUUUCCAGGUGCGUCCUGCCUGCAGCCAGGUGUACAGCUUCUUCCACUGUGCAGACCCCUCUGCCUCCAGGCUGGAGCCACUGCUGGAACCCCAAUUUCACCUGGUGCCGCCUGUCAGCGUGCCCCGAUACCAGAGGUUCCCACUGGGUGAUGGAGAGUCCCUUCUGCUCGCGGAUGCCCUGCACACCCAUAGUGCCCUAUUCCUGGAGGGCAGUGCCCGUGGCAGCCCCCCUCUUCUGGACGCCCCUGCCUCACCCCCUCAGGCCCCGAGGUCACAGCACCUGGGACGAAGGCUGAGCCAGGGCAGCUUCCACAGUGACAGCUCUGAGUCCUCUGACAGCCUGGCCCCUGUGGGCGCCUCCCGCAUCACAGCCAAGUGGUGGGGCACCAAGCGCAUCGACUAUGCUCUGUACUGCCCCGACGUACUCACAGCCUUCCCCACUGUGGCCCUGCCCCACCUCUUCCAUGCCAGCUACUGGGAGUCCACAGACGUGGUGGCCUUCAUCCUGAGACAGGUGAUGCGUUAUGAGAGUGUGAACAUCAAGGAGAGCGCAGGCUUGGAUCCUGCAGCACUGAAUCCUGCCAACCCCCGAGAGAAGUGGCUUCGCAAGAGGACUCAGGUCAAGCUGCGGAAUGUCACUGCUAACCAUCGGGCCAACGAUGUAAUUGCUGCUGAAGACGGGCCCCAGGUCCUGGUGGGGCGAUUCAUGUAUGGGCCCCUUGACAUGGUGGCUCUGACUGGAGAAAAGGUGGAUAUCCUGGUGAUGGCAGAGCCAUCCUCAGGCCGUUGGGUGCACCUUGACACAGAGAUCACCAACAACAGUGGCCGGGUCACCUACAGUGUUCCAAGGCCUCGGCGCUUGGGUGUUGGCGUCUACCCUGUGAAGAUGGUCGUUAGGGGUGACCAGACCUGGGCCAUGAGCUACCUCACAGUGCUGCCUCGGGGUACGGAGUGCGUGGUAUUCAGCAUUGAUGGCUCCUUCGCAGCCAGCGUGUCCAUCAUGGGGAGUGACCCCAAGGUCCGGCCAGGGGCGGUAGAUGUUGUCAGGCACUGGCAGGAUCUGGGCUACAUGAUCCUAUACAUCACGGGGCGACCAGACAUGCAGAAGCAGCGAGUGGUAUCAUGGCUGUCCCAGCACAACUUCCCCCAGGGCAUGAUCUUCUUCUCUGAUGGGCUGGUUCAUGACCCGCUGAGGCAGAAGGCCAUCUUUCUCCGCAACCUCGUGCAGGAGUGCUUCAUCAAAAUCAGUGCAGCUUAUGGUUCCACGAAGGACAUCUCUGUCUACAGUGUGCUGGGCCUGCCACCCUCCCAAAUCUUCAUUGUGGGCCGGCCCACCAAGAAGUACCAAACCCAGUGCCAGUUCCUGAGCGAGGGCUAUGCUGCACACCUGGCCGUACUGGAGGCCAGCCACCGUGCGCGCCCCAAGAAGAACAACUCGCGCCUGAUCCUGCGCAAGGGUAGCUUCGGCCUGCACGCACAGCCGGAGUUCCUGCGCAAGCGGAACCAUCUACGCAGGACCAUGUCGGUGCAGCAGCCCGACCCGCCUGCCAAUCCGAAGCCCGAGCGGGCUCAGAGCCAGCCCGAGUCCGACAAGGACCAUGAGAGGCCCCUGCCUGUGCUCAGCUGGGCGCGUGGACCCCCCAAGUUUGAGUCGGUGCCCUGAGGCUGUACAAAGAGCAGGGGGCCACCUUCCCCACGCAGGCCUCUUCCUGCUUCUUCCCCGUGUCUGUCAGCAGUGUCCUACCAGAAUAGGGAGGGACUCUGUCUGGCCCUGGGUUGUGAGAGGGUGAAAUCAGGGGUCUUGGUGCAGCUGCUGCUGCCUCCCCCCAGGCUUGCCACCGCCAGCUCCAGUCAGGACAGUGUUUGUGAUUGCUGUACAAGGCCUGUGGGCGCUGGAGCCCGGGCAUCCAGCUGCCCAUGUUUCGAGUUCCCUUGGCACUGUCAAGCGGCUGCCCUCUUUGGCAGAACCACUCGGAGAUGCCCCCAGGACAUGGACAGCUUCUUUACUGCCGGUAGAGUGGCAAGUGGUAUUUGUGCCCGCCCUCCCGGUGACAUCAUGGCCUAUCCUAUUGGGCCUGGCUCUCCUGUGGCCAGGGGUCACUGUUUGGGAGUGAAGCUGUAUUCCAGGCUCCUAAGAUGUUCAGAGGGUUCUCAGGCCCCGGAGGAGGGGUCUGGUGCUGAUGGUCUUUCCUCAAAGCUGUCAUGUCCCCCUUCUUGUCCAGUGUUCUCCUGGGGACAAGCUUUCCUCUUCUGGAGCCCUGCCUGGUGCCCUCCUCUGUGAGGUGUUGGUUCUGGGCUGGUGGGAAACCUUUGAGCCCACUGUUUGCUCCCUCUGAGCCCCACUUUCCUAAAAAAUGGGUGGGAUCUCCCCAGCACAGUUCCCUGUAAGGUCAGGAUUUUGGCCUGGCCUGUCCUUCUGCCCUGGAGACUUUCUGAGCCUGAGAACUCCCAAGACAGACCUGGACCUCACCAGUCCGAGGGAAUCUGGGGGUGGGGGCAGGAGUGGGAAAGGACCUCUGUUCCACAGAGACACUGGCUUUACUCUGACACCCAAACUUGGCCCUAGGGAGACAUGAGCCCA